AUGGUCUUGGCAAGAGCUUUCAUGAUGUUGGGAAAUGGAAUAUCUUUUGCAUUAUGUACCCAGGAGGAUUAUUUGAUGAAAAUUAAGAAAAGGUACCAGAGACUACUAAAAUUUUUGAAAAAGAACUGCCUGAUUAGAAAGAGCAUGCUUUGUUUAGUGAAAUGUCACCAAAUCUCUAUAUUAGACCUCACAAUGGUUAGGAUUCAAAGAAACUCAGAGUUAUUCCCGAUUAUUGGAGCUGAUGGUGGAGCUAAAAUUAGAGUUGAAGAAGAUUGGGUUUACUUUUAAAAAUGCUUAGGUAAAAAGAAGAUACCAAACUUUCAUCUAGCACGCAAGUUCUUGAAGCAGUUAAAAAAUCUUCCACCCAAUGAGGGUUGGUGGGUUUAAAAAAAUCAAUCUAGCCAAUUUUGCGACGAAAAUUUAAAGGAAACCCCUUAAUGUAAGUAAGAACUUUGA